CACUGACUCUCCUCCGACCGGCACCUGUUGCUGCUGCCACUGCGAGCGUCCCUUCCUUUCCGCGCGCUUUCUGAUCUUCUGACGGAUUUAAAUAACAUUUGUUUUGACCAUGUCUGGAGAACAACAUCCCAACUCCUCCAACAGCGGCUACUAUUUUGACAAUACGUCCACCAGGGUGCAAAGUAGCGCGUUUUUUUCCCGCCCCGUGUUCGUCGUCCUCAUGUUUGUGAUGGUGACUUUGGUGGUGGUCAUAGUUUUGGGAAACGCGCUGGUGAUUUUUGCCUUUAAAGUGGACAAGAGCUUGAGGCGCCAGUGUAAUUACUACUUCCUCAAUUUGGCUAUUUCAGAUUUCCUUGUUGGAGCCUUCUGUAUCCCGGUGUACAUCCCCUACACACUGACUGGACGCUGGACCCUGGGCCGUGGGCUGUGUAAGCUCUGGCUGGUCAUGGACUACCUACUCUGCUCUGCCUCUGCCUUCAACAUCGUCCUCAUCAGUUACGACCGCUUCCUCUCAGUGACCAGGGCGGUGAGUUACCGGGCCAGACAGAGCAUGACUCAUCGGGCCAUAAUCAAGAUGGCGGCGGUGUGGGUGCUGGCCUUUGUGCUCUAUGGUCCUGCCAUCAUCCUGUGGGAGCUGGUAGUGGGCAGGAGCCGUGUGCCCAAAGACGAGUGUUUUGCUGAGUUCUAUUACUCCUGGUACUUCCUGCUGAGUGCCUCCACAUUGGAGUUCUUCUCUCCUUUUAUCUCAGUGGCUUUCUUUAACCUGAGCAUCUACCUAAGCAUCCGCAGGAGGAGGCUGCGCUGUAGGACCACCCAGCUCCACCUGCAGAACAGUGAUCCUGCCUCUGCUCAGGGGGAGGGCCUUCCUCUUUCUCAGACCUGGGGGGCCAAACUGGCCGUGCGGGGGUCCUUACACUCUCAGAGCUCUUCUCCAAGUCUGGGUAAUAUGGACUCUUCCGCCAGCAGGACGCUUCAUCCCAGCCGUCUGUCCAGAGACAAGAAAAUUGCCAAGUCUCUCGCCGUCAUCGUAUGCGUGUUUGCCAUCUGCUGGGCUCCAUACACUCUCCUGAUGAUUAUUAGAGCAGCCUGUAGGGGGCGCUGCAUCCCGCAUCACUGGUACGAGGUCACCUUCUGGCUGCUGUGGCUCAACUCUGCCAUUAACCCUUUCUUGUACCCUCUCUGCCACAGCAGCUUCCGCAGGGCCUUUGGCAAGAUACUGUGCCCCAAACGUUACACCACUCCCCCCUCAUCAGUCAUGCGCUCUGCCCCAUGAAAACACUGGCACCAGAGGAAUAAGGAUGGAGCAUACUGAAUUGUACAUGGAGACACCAUGGAGAUGUGCCUAUAGUCAUUCAUUGUGUGAAAUAUUGUGCCCAUGUUGACAACAAUGAUGGUGUGCCAUAUGAAGGACCAUCAAACACAUCAUCUUCUCCCUACAUCAGUAUUUUGGAACUGUUUCCCAUUAUAUACAGAGGGAAAAGCCCACAGGCAGUGUUAUAUGCUCUUUGAGUUUACUCCAACUUUGAACAAGUGCCACACUGCAGUCAUUUCAUUUCAUUCAUUUAAAAAGAAACAAAAAAACAACAACAAACAAACAAGCAUGUUGCUGCUUUCCAGUCCACCUUUUAAAAAAUGUUUUGUAUUCCGUUUAUGGACUUGAAAACUAUUUGUUGAGUAUCCAGAGUCCCUGUGCAGCUGCACUUUGUAUGGUACUGUAAAACAGUUCUCUGUUGCCCUCUGCUGGUCAAAAAAGUAAUAUCAAUAG